UAUCUCAGACUGAAAUGCUAUUUAGGGCAUCUCUGUUUCCGUAUUUGGUGCUUUCUCCAUCUUGUCUUCCUUUUCCAGUUUCAUGAUGGUCCUGCAGGCCCCUGAGGCCCCAUGGACAACAGCUCUGAUGUCACUGUUGGUGCUGCUCAAUCUCAUGGUCCAGGUCAAGGCCACUCCAGGGGAGUACGUGUACCAGUUUCUGAUGGAGUGCUCGGAGCGGAACGGGACGCGGCGCUACGUGCUGAGGUACGUCUACAACCGCGAGGAGUUCAUCCGCUUAGACAGCGACGUGGGCGAGUUCCAGGCGGUGACCGCGCUGGGGCGGCCGACAGUCGAUCUCUGGAACCAUCAGAAGGGCAUCCUGGAGCAGGCGCGGGCCGAGGCGGACACCGAGUGCAGACACAUCUACGAGCUCUACGAGCUCAUCCCCCCGCAGCGCCGAGGUGAGCGCCCGGGGUCACCAGGCGAAGUGCAGGCGGUCGCCGCCCACCGGACUGGCCGGGGAGCUUGGGGGGCUGGAGAGGGUGGGAGGACCCAGACACCUUUAACAACACCAGACACCCUGUUUUCCAAAACAAGUUCACCUGGCAUUCUUGAUGAACUUCCAGAGGCACAGUCUGAUUCUGCUCGGACCAAGAUGCUGACUGGAGUCGGGGGCUUUGUGCUGGGGCUCACAUCCCUGGUAGCAAGCUUCGUUCUCCAUCUUAGAAGCCAGCGAGCCUCACAGGGGUCCUGAACCAAUCCCAAACAUCAUGCAUCCCUCGGAGCAAGUACAUCUGAUACACCUGUUCUGCAGCUUCCAGCCUGGAACCUCCGGCUCCCAAAUGGGCAUGUGACGGGGCUGUGCCUCAACGCC